ACAACAAUGAAGAGUUCUGUGGUAACAAGCUCCUCUGUGCAACUAAUGGAUGUUCCUCUGAUAAAAAAGAGUGCAACCAAAAGUAAAGUUAAUAAUGAGACUCAGAUUGUCUGGAGAAAUGUAAUUGCAUUUAUUUACUUACACGUCGCAGUGGCAUAUGCAAUAUAUUUGGCAUUUACUAAGGCCAAAGUCCAAACAGUAAUAUUUAGUUUUAUUUUAAGUAACGUGAGUGGAUUAGGAAUUACUGCAGGCGCACACAGGCUUUGGGCUCAUAAGGCUUAUAAAGCAAGAUGGCCUCUCCGACUUUUUUUAGCCUGUUUACAAACCAUCGCUUUCCAGAAUCAUAUCUAUGAGUGGGUUAGAGACCACAGGGCACACCACAAGUUCUCAGAAACUGACGCGGAUCCUCACAACGCUAAAAGAGGGUUCUUCUUCUCCCACAUAGGGUGGUUGAUGGUGCGAAAACACAGAGAUGUCAUCGAGAAAGGAGCCUCUGUUGAUAUGUCUGAUCUAAAAAAGGAUCCUAUUGUCAUGUUCCAGAAAAAAUAUUACUUUCUGAUCAUGCCGAUGAUCAGUUUUGUUAUACCUACUUUGAUCCCGAUGGCACUAUGGAACGAGAGUUUAUCUGUGUCCUGGCAUAUUGCAUCCAUCUUGCGAUACACCUAUUCGCUUCACUGCACUUGGCUAGUCAAUUCUGCGGCUCAUAUCUUUGGGAACAAGCCUUAUGAUAGGCACAUCGGACCUACAGAGAAUAAAUUGGUCGCGAUUCUGGCGGUGGGUGAAGGCUGGCACAACUACCACCACGUGUUCCCGUGGGACUACAAAGCGGCCGAGCUGGGAAACUACAGGACCAACAUUAGCACCGCUCUUAUAGAUCUGGCAUAUAAAUGCGGUUUGGCAUACGAUUUAAAAACCGUACCAAGUCAUUUAAUCGAGGCAAGGGUAUCAAGAACUGGAGAUGGUACGCAUCCAUCAGAAAUGAAGAAAUUGGAGCAUCAGGAGGAUCAUCACCACCUUAAUCCAAUUUGGGGUUGGGAUGACAAGGACAUGACCGAGGAACACAAGAAACUUGCCAAAAUAAUAGAGUAAGCCAGGAACACGUACAACGAAAUAUUGUGCUACAACACAGAA